AUGAUUCUUUUCUUUAUCUUUGCCUUGCUUGUCGGCUCAGCCGGCCCUCAAAAACCUGACAAUGAGAAGACAAACUUCGAAGACUAUGAAAAAUUAAAGAAGGAAGGUGAUAAAUGUCCAGAUACAACAUGCCCAAAGGAAAAACCUCAACCAAAAUACUGGGAUCCUGCUGAAGAAUUCACUUUGUGA